AUGGCCCUUUUCUACACAAAGAACCCCAUCUCUUCUCUUUUCACAAAAUUCAAACUCCCUCACCCACUUAAAGUUACAGGCGAGAAACAUAUGUUGAAACCAGGAGUACUAAAUAGUCAGUCCCCUGAAAUGAUCUUUCAACAAGGACAAAAUGUCUCAGCCAAUGUACCUUCACAAGCUGUCUUUGGGGCUUUUGAUCUUGGUAAUGCUGGAUAUUCAGGAAGUGGUACUAACAAGUUGUCUUAUCCAAAUGGUUCUCAGUUUAUGCCUACUGGUUUUAAUCAAUUUAAUAACAAUAUGAUGAGAGGGAGAGGGAGAGGCCGAGGCUACUUCAAGCCUAAAUUGAUCUGUCAGGUUUGUGGCAAGAUAGGCCACUCUGCCCUACAAUGCUACUAUAGAUUUGAUCAAGAUUUUCAGGGUUUCAACUACAAUCACUCAGUUCAGGCCUCUACUUAUAAUCCUUCUAUAUCCUCUCAGACUAACCUUGCUGGUGUUCCUGAUGGCUCUGUUCAAGCAUUGUUUGCUAGUCAGUUUGUUCCUAACACUGGCUUGCAUCCAAAUAAUGGCUUCCAUAACUCAGUUCUGGGCUUACAUGAUUACUCAGCUACCGUAGGAUCACAGAUGCCUCAAUAUCCUACUGCAAACUUUCAAACUCUUGAUCAUAGACAGAGAAUGAGUCCACAACCUCAAUCUACCACUGUAGGAGUAGUUGGAGCUAAUCCUACCAAGGCUGAAACUGGAAUACUGUCAUCCUCAGGCACUUCCUACCAAGCUGUAGCUACUCCACAAACUGUACAUGAUCAGUCUUGGUAUAUGGAUUAUGGAGCAUCUAACCACAUGACAGUAGAUGCUUCCAAUCUGAUGCACAAGUCUAGUUAUCCAGGGAAAUCUAAAGUUCAAGUUGGCAAUGGGGAUGCUAUUCCUAUCACUCACACAGGUAUGUUACUUGUUCCUUCACAUGCCUCACAUAGAAUACUUCAACUUAAGAAUAUUUUAUGUGUUCCAAAAAUUGCAAAGAAUCUAGUUAGUAUUUCUCAAAUUACCAAGGAUAAUAAUGUCAUAGUUGAAUUUCAUUCUGAUCAUUGCUUGGUAAAGGAUAAGAGCAGCAAAGCUGUCUUGUUGCAAGGCUCAGUGAAAGGUGGCCUGUAUCAACUGGAAUUAUCAAGCAAUGUCUCUCCUUAUGCAUCAUCCAUUCCUUCUGCUUCACAUCAUGUAACUGGGAAUGUGGUUCAUGAAGCUAAUGUUUCUACUUCAGAUAGUAUUACUAAUGUUGUUCAUGGGAAUUCUGAUGUUAAGACUAAUAAUGUACCUUUAGAUUCUGCAUUGUUGUGGCAUGCCCGAUUAGGACAUCCAAAUGUUAAAACUCUUCAGUAUGUUUUGAAUAAGUUGCAUGUAAAACAAUCAACUGCUAGUAAUAAAAGUUCCUUUUGUGAGGCUUGUCAAUUUGGAAAAUUGAAGCAAUGUAGUUUUCCUAUUUCAUCCUCAAGAGCUAGUUGUCUAUUAGAAUUGGUGUAUUCUGAUCUGUGGGGACCAACCCCUGUUAUGUCUAGAGAAGGGUAUAGAUACUAUGUGAUUUUUGUUGAUGAUUUUAGUAGAUACACAUGGAUAUAUCCUUUGAAACUCAAGUCUGAAGCAUAUACUGUUUUUGUGCAAUUUCAUAAUCUUUCCCAUAAAGGUUAUUUGUGCCUAGCAUCUUGUGGUCGAUUAUAUAUUGCUCAGCAGGUGAAAUUUAAUGAAACAGAUUUUCCAUUCAAGAAUGAGAAGAAUGAAUCUGAAAAUUCUACAAAUAAUAGUGACAAUUCUGUUCAGUCUUCUCUUGAUAAAUCCUGGUGCAUUCCUACCUCUGUAUUAUCUUCAAGAAUUGAUCCUAGAACAACAAUAUUAUCUUCAAGAAUUGAUCUUAGCACAGCCUCAUUUGAGCUCACAUCGAAUGAUACUCCUGACUUACCAUCAGCAAGAGUAGCACACAACCUAAGUCCAACCAAUGUAGUCCCACACACUGAUAUUCAGGCCUCAAAUAGAUCUACAUCUAGCUCCUCUACUCACACUCUAUCCAGCUUUCCUGAUGAGUUCACUAAUCAAGAAUGUGACCAUCCUAUCACCUCUACUGAUCCUGAUAGUCACCAGGAAGCUUUACUACCUUGUACAGCCCAACAAUCCACAAAUACUCACCCUAUGAUUACUAGAGCUAAGGCUGGUUACUCUGCAAAAGCUAAAGCUGAUCUGAUUUUACUUAUCAGGCUUUAUUGA